AUGGGGUCAAUGAGUAGUAUGUGCUCUUAUCUACAAAAAUUCAUGGUGUAUGACACUUGUGCCAUCAAGUGCAAAUGUUGUAUAGAUUCUAUCCCUCCAACCCUCGGCACAGCCUUGUCGGUUCUUGGUGAGGCUAAGUAA